ACUCACUUUAGGCCAAUCCGUCCUCUCCCUCUCUCUCCCUCUCUCUGUGUCUCUCUCCUACUCUGAGACAGAGUCAGAACUCUUCUCCCUGACAGCCACUAACAUCUACAGCACUUAUUGCAUUCAGAGAGGGAACCUGCAAACAAAACUUCACAGAAAACUUUUGGUUCUUGUUCCAGAGAAUUUGCUGAAGAGAAAGAAAAACAAACAAACAAACAAACAACACAAACCAGCCCCCCAAAAAACUGUGCGUGAAGGGGGAGGAAAAGCAGGGCCUUUUAAAAAGGGAAUCACAACAACUUUUGCUGCCAGGAUGCCUUUGCUUUGGAAGAGAGGAUUUUUGUUGGUGAUUUGCUGGAUUAUAGUGAGGAGUUCCCCAACCCCAGGAUCCGAGGGGCACAGUUCAGUCACUGACUGUCCAUCAUGUGCCCUCACCACGCUCUCGAAGGAUGUGCCCAGCUCACAGCCUGAGAUGGUGGAAGCAGUAAAGAAGCACAUACUGAACAUGUUGCACUUGAGGGACAGACCUAACAUCACCCAGCCUGUGCCCAAGGCAGCACUUUUAAAUGCCAUCAAGAAACUCCACGUGGGAAAGGUGGGAGACGAUGGCUAUGUGGAAAUAGAGGAUGAUGUUGGAAGAAGAGCAGAAAUGAAUGAAGUUGUGGAGCAAACCUCAGAAAUCAUCACUUUUGCAGAAUCAGGAACACCCAAGAAAACGUUGCACUUUGAGAUUUCCAAGGAAGGCAGCGAAUUAUCAGUGGUUGAGCAUGCUGAAGUAUGGCUCUUCUUGAAGGUCUCCAAGGCCAACCGGAGCAGGACAAAAGUCACCAUCCGCCUGUUUCAACAGCAGCGGCAGCCGAAAGGCAACUCUGAAGGAGCAGAAGAUAUGGAGGAUGGGGGGCUAAAAGGUGAAAGGAGUGAAACUCUGAUUUCAGAAAAAGCAGUAGACACUCGAAAGAGCACUUGGCACAUCUUUCCUGUCUCCAGCAGUGUCCAGCGACUCCUGGACCAAGGCAAGAGCUCCUUGGAUGUGCGGAUUGCCUGUGACUUGUGCCAAGAGACCGGGGCCAGCCUGGUGUUACUAGGCAAGAAAAAGAAAAAGGAAGAUGACGGGGAAGGGAAAGAAAAGGAUGCUGGAGAACUCACGGGAGAAGAAGAGAAGGAGCAAUCGCAUAGGCCCUUCCUAAUGAUGCUUGCCCGGCACUCAGAGGACCGCCAGCACAGGCGGCGGAGGCGAGGCCUGGAGUGUGAUGGCAAAGUUAACAUCUGCUGCAAGAAGCAGUUCUUUGUCAGCUUCAAGGACAUAGGAUGGAGUGAUUGGAUCAUUGCACCUACAGGUUAUCACGCUAACUACUGUGAAGGAGAGUGCCCCAGCCAUAUAGCAGGCACAUCUGGUUCAUCGUUAUCUUUCCACUCCACUGUAAUCAACCAUUACCGCAUGCGGGGCCAUAGCCCCUUUGCCAACCUCAAGUCAUGUUGUGUGCCCACCAAACUGCGGCCCAUGUCCAUGCUGUACUACGACGAUGGCCAGAACAUCAUCAAGAAAGAUAUACAGAACAUGAUUGUGGAGGAGUGUGGCUGUUCAUAGACACCGUGUGUGCACAAGACCCUUCUCUUUACGUUGAGAAGAAAAUGUUUUAAAAGCCCAAGAAGAGAAAAAAAAACCUGGCAUGAUUUAUAACCUUUUUGAAUGAAACAAUCAUCUGAAAUUCAAAACAAAACAAAACAAAAAAAAAAAGAAAAAAGAAAAAGAAAAAAAAGAAAAGGAAAAGAAAAUUAAAAAUAAAAAAAAGAGGGGGAAUUUUUUUUAAAAAAGACUUAUGGAGGAGAGAAAAGGAGUACAGCUAUUAAGAGGAAGAAAGCUUCAUGAACCCAGGCUUGAAUGAGCUACGUUUGAAUGGCGGUAUGGGUUGGGGAGUUUCUCCUUCCUUUCAGUACGCUCCUUAUCUUAUUAGAUAGUACAUUAAGCAUUAGUUAUUGCUAGAGGAGUUGUGUUCCCUCUUCUGGUUACCCAUCAGUUCAAGCCUUGGUAGCAGCUCAUGUAACCUGCAGCAGUUUGGACUGAGUCCAAAACGUCAUUGAAAUUCCUUGAAAAGCCAUGUGUAUGAACACUACAUUCACUGGCACUUUCCUCCCAAAUUUACCGAGGAACUGAGUAGGUGUGUAGUGUUUGUGUGGAUAUAUAUGUAUCUACGUAUUUAUAUACAUAUCUUUAUACAUACAGACACUACACACUUACAUAUAUUCGCUUUGAUAAAGGGACAAAAUUGUGCAGGUGUAUACACCUUCAUCUUCUGCACUACAUUUACAAAAAGAAAAGAGAAAAAAGAAAAAAAGAAAAAAGAAAAACGAAGAAAAAAGAUUAAAAAAGAAUGAAUGAAAGAAUAAAAGUUACAUUUUGUAAAGGUGCUUACAAUGUUAGAACUAUGCAACCUAGUUGGUUUGAAACUGUUUACCUGCAAGAGAAAGAAAAAAAAAAA